CUUCCAUAUUAUAUACCGUAGCAUUGAAUGUUGCGUCCUUCGAACUAUUACGUCCGAAUAUUGGACGCAAUAAAACCAUCCUGAUUUUAUGGACUUCCCACUACUUCUACUUAAAAAUGGCGCCUUAGUUAAAUGCAGAUUUCUAUAUUUACCCAUAGCCCAAAACGUCAUGCCGCUCUCUAGUUCGAUUUCUGAGAUAUUAAACUUCUCCUAAAAAUCGUGAGACGCAAUAAUAUUCUAAACUUGUAAUCAAAUGAAUAAUGUUAGUUCAGCGAGUUGACGAAAGUGGCGCGGUUAUAAUAUACAUAUUUACCGUAUACUUCGUUUCCUUUAGAACAUUAUUGCGUCAAAAUAGGAGAUAUGACAACGUUGCCCAGAGUAUCUAUUUUUAGAACAUAACAGAAUCUUUCGACCUUGGCUAGUUUGUUUUCGGCGGUUUGUUUCUCGUUGAUUUUAAUAUAAUAUAUCAACUUGUUCGUCCUGUUGCUUAUUGCGUCGUAUAUUUAUUGUGUUCUUUUAAUCCUCAAACAAAUAGGAGACCGAUUCAGAUAACAGCAGUGCUACAAACUUAAGUCAAAAAAAUCUCAGGAUUCUCACAGAAACUUGUACCGACCACCAGUUAAUCUAUGAAGUGAAAGAUGUUUUAGCCCUCGAGUCAACGAUAACUGGGGUACAAGAACAUAUACACAAUUACAAUAAACAAAAAUGUAGAAAUACAGGUAAUCUCGAACACCCUUACAAAAGAAAACCAGAUUAUUGUUACUACUGUGAAACGGAAGUUCUUAAUUUUGGUCGCCAUAUUAUAAGGAACCAUUCAAUGGAAGUCGAUGUGGCUGAAAUUAUCUCCAAACCAAUCAAAUCAUGUGAAAGAAGAAGUCUAUUUGAUAAACUCUAGGAAAUUUUUUAACUGAUGGUGGAAACUGUUUCAAGGCUGUUAGACAGACUUAUGUACCAGAUCGGGUUCUCAUUCAUUGUGACAAUUGUUUACGAUUUUUCUCUUCCAAACUAUUAUACCGACAUAGAAAAAAAUGUGGAAAUAGAAGCAAUCAAGAGAGGGCACAAUUUGCUAGCCAAUCAAAAAUGUGUCCCAACAUUAAAAUUGAUCAUCGACUAAAAGAAGAAAUGUUUCUCAGGAUGAGAGAGGACAGGAUUUCAAUGGAAGCCAAGAACGACUUUCUAAUUCGUCCAUUUGGAACCCGUUGUUUGAAGACGCACAGAGAAAAGCAUUUUAUAGCAGUUACAUCACGCAAAAUGAAGGAAUUGUCAAAAAUAUUUAAAGAAAGGAGAAAAAUAGACCCAUCUAUAUCCACUAUGUUUUCAGCAUUGCGACCAAAGUAUUUGAUGCCUUUGUUGAAACCACAAAACGAAUAGCUUGUUAUGAUCCUGAAAAAGACUUGUCUCCAAAUGUUGCCAUGAAUAUAGUGAGAUCACUCAAACAAUGUUGCGAUUUUGCAAUCACUUUUGCCUAUAAGAAACAAACUGCAUACUUAUCUGUUUCAACUGCUACAAUUGAGGCAUAGCUUAAAACUUUAAUUCAUCUAUUUGAGGCAAACUGGAGUAUUGAGGCCUCAACCCAAGCAGCUAAUAAUUUAAAUCUUAACAAAUGGAAUAAGGUUACAAUAGUUCCACUAGCGAAUGGUCUAAAAUUGCUAAGAUCCCAUUUAGUUAAACUUGCUGACGAUGCAACGAAAAUUCUGCAGAAUUAUUUGUGACACUACAGUUGAAAAUGCACCGCAAAAGACUGACUCCAAAAAUGUACUAAAAUUAGAAGAUAUUAAAGCGUUUAACAAUAUCAUUGAAUCUGUGUACUGUAGAAUAAUUUUGCUAAACAGAAAACGUUCUGGAGAAUUACAGAGAAUGUCCUUUUACACUUAUGUUAACUCUAUCGGAAAUCAAAAUAUGAAGAGUUUCAAAAAGCAGUUUCACCUUCUGAAAAAAAAAAACUAUUAAGUUCAAUGAAGACAGUAGCCAUUAGAGGUAAGAGGGGCAGGGGUGUUCCAGUUUUGUUCAACCCCGAGGUACAAAAUCAUAUCGAUACUUUGCUUGCGGUUAAAAAUGAAUUUGUACCAAGGGAUAAUCCUUACCUAUUUGCUCCUGUUAAAUCUUCUUCACAUUUAAUCAGUUACAAAAUAUUAGGAGAGCACGCAAAAUUAUCCGUUGCGAAAUAUCCUACUUAUAUAACAUCGACUCGUUUGCGUAAGCAUCUGGCAACUUUAUCACAAUUAUUAAAUUUAUCUGAUGGAGAGAUUGAACAAUUAGCUACUUUCAUGGGAUACAGACAGAACUACAGAAGUUCCUACAGACUGCCAGAUGAUAUUUACCAAACUACUAAAAUAGCGAAACUGUUGAUGGUAAUGGAAAAGGGAACAGCCAACAAAUUCAAAGGAAAAUCUUUAGAUGAAGUAGAAAUUGAUAUGGACAAAAAUCUUUUCGAAGAUAACUUUUCUGAAAGCGAUGUUGAUGGUGACGAUGAGUUAAAGUGUUUGCUACAUGAUGAUAGUGAACCAUCAACUAGUCAAAUACGCCAGUCAAUGGGAGCAAGAAUAGGAUAUUACCUCCAAAUUCUAUCCUACUGCAUGGAUUUUAAUGAAAUUUUGGGCCUAGCUUCUACUUAUCUCCUAAUUCAAAGUCUACCCUAUGCCGAUGUGUGCUUUUAUCUUGGGGGUGGUUCCCACCCCUUCUUAAGGGUGGAAAAUUUUUUGGUUAAAAUUACCACAGAAUUCGCUAGAGAACCUAAUUCUAAGCAAAAACUGUUCCAUAAUUUUUUUUUGAAAACUCAAUACUUUUUGAGAUAUUCGUGGUUGAAAAUUGGCCAUUUUCAUUGAAACAUAAUACCUUUUCGAACGGUUUUUUGCGAAUACCUUAAAAACUAUGCAUCUAACUAAGAAAACUAUAUUAAACAUUUUUGUAGGUUAUAAAAGAAACAAAGAGAGACUUGCCUUAUUAAAUCUUCCAGUUAUACAAAAAAGAGAUAUGGUAGGUGAAAAUAUUUUGUUUUUAAAUUGGUGUCAUCAUCAUCAUCAGCCCAUAGUCGUCCACUGCUGAACAUAGGCCUCCUCGAAAAACUUCCAUUCAGAUCUAUCCUGCGCUGCUGCAAUCCAGUUGGUACAAAUCCUCUUUAUGUCGUCAGUCCAUCUUGUGGGUGGUCUUCCCGGGUUUCGUCUAUCCGCUCUCGGUCUCCAUUCCAAGAUUUUUUUGGUCCACCUAUCAUCUUUCAUUCUAGCGACGUGUCCUGCCCACUUCCAUUUAAUUUUGGCUAUGUGUUUUAUUAUGUCUUCUACACCACUUCUUCUACGAAUUUCUUCGUUUCUUACCCUAUCUCUUAACGUUAUGCCCAACAAUGAUCUUUCCAUUCUACGUUGCGUCACUUGUAGUUUUCGUGCAGAUGUCCUUGUUAGGGUAAGUGUCUCUGCGCCAUAUGUAAGAACAGGCAGGACACAUUGAUUAAAGGCUCUUCUUUUUAAGCUGAUAGGUAUAUCACCUUUAAAAAUAUCACGUAGUCUUCCAUAUGCUGCCCAUCCCAGAGUUAUUCUUCUUAGCAGCUCAGCAGUUUGAUUGUCUCUGCUAAUUUUUACCGUAUGUCCAAGGUAUAUGUAGCUGUCAACAACUUCAAUUUCGACGUCUUCUACCUUUAAAGGAUGGCUCGGAACUAAAUUCGUCAUCAUUUUGGUCUUUUGGUAAUUAAUAUUUAGACCUACUUUACGUGCUGCAUUGCGGAGUUCAUUCAACAUAUCAUUGGCAGUUUUUAGGUCAUCUGAAAUCAGAACAAUAUCAUCUGCGAAUCGUAGAUGACUGAGCAUCUCACCAUCGAUAUUUAUUCCUUUAUUUUCCCAUUCCAGUGAUUUCAAAGCAUGUUCAAGUACAGUAAUGAACAACUUAGGCGACAUAGUAUCUCCCUGUCGAAUACCUCUCCUGAUAUAUAUCUUAUUGGUAGGACCGUGUUAAAUUGGUGUAUUCAACUUGAAAUAACAGAGAAACGGUCGAUUUUAGGUGUAUAAUGCUAAUAAUAUCUUUUGAGGUGCUUGAAAAGACCUUUACAAUGAGUUAUAUUAAAGGUCCAUUACAUUAAAACUGAGCGAGAUAUGAUGCAAACAAAAUUGAUAACUAAUGUAUUUUAAGAAAAAAUGAGAAGUAAUUUUAACCCACAUCCACCAAAAUGUAAAUGCAUAAUUUUUCCUCCAAAAUACCUUUUAUUAUAGUGUUAUUUAUAUGUUCAAAAAGUUGGACGGGUUUAAAAUGAAUGAUUUUUGAAAAAACAAAGAUAAAAUUUUAGAGCGCAUUUUUAAAUUUUCUUAAAAAUUUUCCUUUUUCUCCAUGUAACUUGAAAAUGAUAAGAGAUAGAGUGAUGAAAAAUAAAAAGGAAAUUUUUAUCUGAAAAAGCCCUACAUUUUUGUGUAAUAUCCUUCUUUCGUAUCUCUUAUCUUUUUCGAGUUACAUGGAGGAAAAGGAAGAUUUCUAAGAAAAUUUAAAAAUGCGCUCUACAAUUUGAUCUUAUUUUUUUCAAAAACCAUUCAUUUUAAUCUAGUCCAACUUUUUAAACAUAGAAAUAACACUAUAAUAAAAAGUAUUGUAGAAGAAAAACGAUGUAGGUAUUUAAAUUCUGAUGGAUGAGGGGUUAAAUAUACUUCUCAUUUCUUCUUUAAAUACAUUAGUCAUCAAUUUUUUGCAGAAUAUCUCGCUUAGUUUGCAUGUAAUCGACAAUUAGUAUUGCUCAUUUUAAAGGUCUUUUCAAACACUACAAAAGUUAUUAGUAUCAUUAUACACCUAAAAUCGACCGUUUCUCUGUUAUUUCAAGUUGAAUACACCGAUUUGAGCAUGCAGCAAAAAAACGAACUCUUCUUACCUACCAUAUCCCUCUUUGUAUUUUAACUAGAAGAUUUAUGAAGGGACGAAUCUCUUUGUUUUUUAUAACCUACAGAAAUAUGUUAUAUAGUUUUUUUAUUAGAUGCAUAGUUUUUAAUUUAUUCGCAAAAAUUCGUACGAAAAAAUACGAAUUCGUACGAAUAACUCAAAAAGUAUAGAGUUUUAAAAAAAUAAUUAUAGAACAGUUUUACUUAAAAUUAUGUUCUCUAGCCUCUUCCGUGGCUAUUUUAACCAAAACAUUUUUCACCCUCGAGAAGGGGUGAGAACCACCCCCAAGAUAAAAGCUCACAUCGGCAUAGGGUAGACUUUGUUUCUUGAGCUAUUCCCUACUUACUGUAAAAAUAUCAAGUAAAUCGAUGUAGUACGAUGGAAUUCGGAGCCAAAUACCCUCAUUGACUGCCCUAAAAGUGAGAAUACCAUUUUUACAACGAAAAAAAAAAAAAAAUAAAACAUUCAAAAAUAAAACUGCGCGAAAACUAGUUCCAUGGACAGAAAGACAAAAGUCUGUCACUCUAAACUUUUUCAAGAAUCACAUCAAAUCUAGAAGGCCUCCAAAAAAAGGGAAGUGUGAAGAACUAAAGAAUAAAUUUCCUGAGCUAUUGAACAAAAUAACUGGUUAAAGAUUAAAGUAUUCAUACAAAAUUCAUAUUGCAAUAAUAAAAAUUAACGCAUGCUUUUUUAUUAAAUUUUGGGUUUUACAUUACUCUAAGAAUGAUUGUUUAUAUUUAAAAGAAUAAAAUUUUGUAUUUUAAAUGAUUGUUGUUUUUAUCAAGGAAUAAAAACUAGAAAAUUUU